AUGGCCAAGACAUCAAGAGAGCAAGUAGUUUUUAAGAUAAACGACAUCCUGUCCAGUGAAUCAGGCCAGUACCAGAUAAAAAACUUCCUGGGGCAGGGUGUUUAUGGAAAAGUGGCCGAGUGCAUAAACCUUGGCACUAACGAGAAGGUGGCCGUGAAGAUUGUGCGGAAAUCCUUUGGCCCGGUUGGUCAAAGAGAGGCGAGGAUGUUUGAAGAACUCGAAAAAAGCCUCGACCAAAACAAGAGUAACUUGAUCAGAUUAACUGAGCAUUUUACAUAUCAGAGACAUGUUUGUCUGGUGUUUGAGAUGCUGGACAUCAGUCUUUGUGAUCUGGUGAGGAAGCGGUUUGAUCGUCCACUGUGUUUGUCUGAGAUUAGAGUAAUCUCGCAGCAGAUGCUGGUGGCUCUUAAUGCCCUCAAGAGCAUACGUGUGGUCCAUUCAGACAUCAAGCCAGACAAUAUAAUGCUGGUUAAUCAGAAGCUGCAGCCCUUCAAGCUGAAAUUGAUUGAUUUCGGUUUGGCCGUUCCGGUUCCCAAAAUAAGGCCUGGCUGCACCAUGCAAGCCAUCGCUUACCGCGCCCCAGAGGUCAUUCUGGGCCUCCCAUUGAAUGAGGCUGUCGAUAUGUGGAGCCUCGGCUGCAUUUUGGCUUACAUGUACCUGGGCAGGCACCUGUAUGCAUUUCGGAGUGAAUAUGAGGUCUUGAAAUUCAUCGUGCAGACGCAGGGUCAGCCUGACGAUCAACUGCUGAACGCUGGGAUUCAUACCUGGAAAUACUUCAGCAAGGACGAGCAUUCCCCCGGUGCUCCAUGGAGGCUGAUUAGAAGAGCGGAAGCACAAGAAGUCAACUUUUCUGACAAUUUUACCAGUCUUGAUGACGUGAUGAUGACCCGCGCAGGGGCGAAGAAUGGUACUGAGGACAAACUGGCCUUUUUAAGCCUCCUCAAACGCAUGCUGCGUGUGGAUCCUAGUGCACGAAUCACCCCAAGCGAAGCUUUAGGACACCGUUUUAUCACAAUGAAACACUUAGCUUCGGGCAAACGGCAAACCUGCAACACUUAUGUGAAAGCAGCCUGUUUGACAAUUAAGAACAGCCAACUGGAUCAGCCGUCAGUGAUAUUCAACCAGUUUGUGACAUCCAGCGAAGUGAUAAGUUGUAAUCAAGAAUCUGCUACUGGUCUGGAUCACCCACCUCCGGGUGAACAAGAGAUCACUGCCAGAGUCGACUCAGGUGAGACCGCUGCUGUUGGCCCAAAUCACAGGGCCACAGCCACAGCUGACAGAAACCCUGCUGGCAAUGAUGAUGCACCACCAGCCACCGCCGGCUUACAUGAAGCCGAUAAGAAACCACCUGGCACAAAUAAGGCACCUUCUGCUAAUUGUCAGCCAGUUGGCAUCAACAACGCCGAUGAAGGAAGUCAAGUCAGAACCAGGAACCGGUGGUUCAAGAGACUCCGCAACUUCCCCAAGAUGAAUUUUGCAACUUGCUGCACAGCAGAUGUUAUUGAGUGA